GCAGGGGAAGUUGUUGUGUGGAGAUGGGGCGGCAUCGUUGUCCAGACCCGACAAAUACAUGCCAGACAAAUCAUUGGCUUCAAGCCAUUCCGGAAAGCAGCGUGAAAGGGGCAGUUGGUGAGACCAAUAUGGGAUGGCUGGUGCCGGCUUUCCCUGCAAGAAGAAGCCGACGCAGCAGGACGACAAGUUUUUCAUGAUAGUCAAGGAGCGGGACAUGUUCUGCUAUCAUGCGCUUGCCGGUAUGACAAAUGAGGAAAAGUUGUCUAUCAUCGAAGAUGUUAUCGCGCUUAAGGCAGUGUUCGUGCAAACGGAUGGUGACACGCUGAAAAGACAACUCAAGCCGUGUGUUAAAGAUAUGGUUGCGAGGGCGAAGGUGGAUCGGAUCAUGCUUCGCCUGUUCCAUUACAUCUUGCUUAUGGAGACAAAAGAAGACGAGGCAGUUUGGUGUUCGGAAAGCGAGUGGUUCCGCACUGAAGAACAACAUAUGGCGGAGUUUGGAUCGCAGGGGCUGACGAAGAAGUUGUGGGAUGAUAAGAGGAAAUACGCCCUCGACAAAAUGGACUAUGUAAGCACUUGCAAGCAUAAACUCGGAACGGAGAAGGAGUCAUUGAAUGAUACAAUCGAACUAUACAAGCAUGACAAGUUCCCGAAGCAAUUUGAAAAGUCAAUCCUCUCUAUCCUAAGACGCACGCAGCAAGACGUCGAGGAUAUCUGGCGGGUUAGCGGAGCCGAAGGCGCGAAACACAUCAAAUGGCAGAAGGUUAAUCACGUGACCAGCCUUAAUCCUUUCGGUCAUCCUCCUUCGCAAGAUUAUAUUCCUGUUAAAGCGAUCCACGAUAUCUUGCGCCAACUUGUUUGCAACGUGUAUGUCUUGGACUUGUUUGAUCCCACACUUUGUCAGACUAGCAAGAAGAUGAUUUUGCAUCCUUACAGGGCGUGCUCCAAACCAUGUCAUUGUUGCACUAGUGCUUGUGGUGUUCUUCCCUUCAAGGUGGGAGCUCAGUUUCUUGCAAGGCUUGGGAAAGCGGAACGCACACCUCCUGAGGACAGGGAAGUGGCCACUAGGAGGACGGCGGCGUCUCGAUUGCUCGUGGAGCUGUUUACGGGGACAUGGAAUCCUACACAUCUCCUUGGUCUUCUUAAAAACUUCUGCAGAGUCGGACAAACAGUUUUCUUCUUCGUGAAAGCCGAUGCAUCCGUCGUGUGGGAGAUCCUGCGAAGCGGUUGGAAAGCUGUAGCACCGGAGGAGAACGCAAAGCUGCUCAACUACCUUAUCGAAAAUGCGGUGAACAGCUUCCUCGAAAAUCUAGAACAUGUCUUCUUCGAAUUAGGUGAGCCAUUGACGCUCGAAAACUACAAGUUGCAGUUUGACGAGUUGGACACUUUUGAUUCUCAAGACUUGGAGAAGUUGAGCGACUCCGAAAAGUUGGAUCUCACGUCCAAGCCACUUCCCCAAGUUGUGGGAAGCAUUGGUGACGAAGAAGAAGGCAGUUCGCGGAGAUACACCGCAUCCCCAAAGGGGUUGAAGCAAAUGUUUCGUUCCGACGAAACGAAAGAGCAGUCGCCCGAUGGAGAAGGAGAGCGCGAUUAUGCCUAUGCACCUUGCGACCCGGUCCCUAAGGACCACGAAAGUUGGAGGUCUGAUAGGAUUUACUUCUUUGGGAAGCAUCACAAGUUCAACAGAGAGAAAACAUGGGGUCACAAUGUUGUCUGGCACCCUAGAAAGCUUCAACCUGCCGCGAAGCAGGGUAAGUGGGUCGUCGCAAUGAAGCGAGCAAACGGUACAUGGAGCACCUUUGAGCGAGUGGGCAGAGCCCGAUUCAUGAAACAUGCCAAAAAAGCACUCCUGGAACACUUGACUACCAUGAACCUUGACAAGCGCCAUGAGGAUGUUACAGCUUACGCAAACCAACUGAUCGAUGGGCUCUACGACGACGAGGGACAGCCUACAGUUGAAGGGAGCAGAGGCCACCGUAUGCAGCCCGGUGAGGACACUGCAAUGCCUCCGCAGGGGCAAGGUUAUCAUGUAGAGGCUGUGGCGGGAUCGUCGGGACAUGAAGUUCACUCUGUUGUGGGAACAACGGCCUCCUUUUGUCGGGACGCCGAAUGCCUGCAUUUAAGUUUAGUGAAGACUGGGAAGGAGGGCAGUGAUAUGGGCACUAUGGUGGCAAAGAUCCACUUUGGCGAUGGAAAAGGCCGUGACGUGCUGAGCACGGCGGAGAGGACGGCGGUGGCGGCGACCGUGAACGUCAUCCUUUUCCGCUAUCAGAUGGAGAGGAGUGAGGGGAGGAUGAGAGCGGGGGUUCGCGCACAGCGGAAGAAGACGCUGCAGUCCAUGAAUUUGGAGGGCUUCGACUGUGUUGCCAUAUGCGACGCCGUGCUGCAGCCUGACCACAUUGUCGUGUACGCUUUGUACCGGUGGGCGUCGGGGGAGACGUACGAGAGCGAGACAUGCAACUUCGGCAUUGGCAGAUCAUCUAACUUGGUGGCUGUGCGGGACGUGACUGCGGCGUUGCUGAGUGCGUACCCUGACAAGAUAUCGUGGCUGACGGGGCUGCUGAAGGCGGUUGUCUUGCUCGCUUUCGCUGACAAGGGUUUCCCGAACUGCCAUGGGUGCAUCAACUGCACCCACAUCUACAUUGGCAAGCCCGCGAACGCCCCCGGGGAGGACUACUACGAUCGAAAACGCCAUUUCUCCGUCCAGGAGCAGGUGGUCGUCGAUCUGAACUUGCGCGUGCUCGACGUGUUCGUCGGUUAUUCGGGAAGUUGCCAUGACGUCAAGAUCAUCCACCUGUUAAGUUUAUGGUCGCGCGCGGAGGGAGGGGAACUUUUCACCGGGCCACCUGUCAUGAUUCCUUUCCAAGUGCAGACGAACGGGUAUUUGCUGGGCGACAACGAUCAUCCCGCCUCUGAAUGGGUGGUCGUCCCGUAUGGCGGUCUCGCAACGCACCCGUCGGAGUUGCGCUUUGACAACAAACAGAAGACAGCGAAGGGGGCAGUUGAGAGGGCUUUCGGCAGACUGAAGGGGAUGUGGAGGUUGUUCCUUCGCUCCCAUAAGACGAACAUGGACACAUUGCCGCAACAGUUGGUCGUCGUCUGCAUUCUGCACAACAUACUGAUCGACGCGGACAUCCCAUUCGAUGACAAUCUACUGUGGGAGGUGGGCCCUGACGGUGUGCGUCGCUGGGUGGAUCUUGGGAUGCACCGACCCGUGAGGCCGAUGUGCAUGGAGUCAUCGACAGGGGACGCGCUGAUGCUGCGGCACGCACUGGCGGAGCGAAUGAGUAUGGAGUGAAGACGGUUUGGGGAGUUAGGGGGGGCAGGAGGAAGGUGGGGGAAGUGGGAGCGGGGG